AUGAAUAGGCUUGGAGGUAACAAAACACUAAUGUUCACUUGCAGAGAUAAGAAGGAAACAAAUAUCGGGGGACCUAAUUAUGUGCGUCAUGUGAAAUUUAACGCAUUUGUUGGAAAUGAGAGAUUCGUAAAUGAUGUAUGUGGGAGUAGGAAGCCUAACGUAUAUGCUUUUGGCAAGCUCAAGACGACGGAGUAUAUGUACGCAAUAAUCCAACUAAUGUCCUUAAGUUAA